GUUGCAGUGGGGGACUUGAAACUGUCUGAUUGGGCCAUGCAAGUUGCACAAAGGAAAAGUCAAGCAGCCUCUUGUAGGCGAACAAACAGCAACAGUUAUUCGCUCACCGGGACUACUGCAGAAGUUGUAUAAAUUAUUCCGUUAUUUAUAGCCAAAAUUCCGAUGCUUACAGAAUAUAAAAAGUAUCUGUAAAUGGCAUGACUUUAUCAGGUUAAAUUGAGGAGAUUUUUUUAUUGAUCAGCUCACAAUGAAAAUGGAUUUUCAAACGAGUUGUGUGACUUUUUUCGCACUGAUCAUGCCGUCAAUGAUGGUAUCAGCGCAAGGGGAUAAUGGCAUUGCUUUCCCGGACCACGGAUUUUGCCAGCCUAUUUCAAUCCCACUAUGCACGGACAUCGCCUACAAUCAAACUAUCAUGCCCAAUCUGGUGGGACAUUACAAUCAAGAGGACGCAGGACUGGAGGUGCACCAGUUUUACCCCUUGGUAAAGGUACAGUGCUCGCCGGAACUUAAAUUCUUCCUAUGUUCAAUGUAUGCGCCUGUUUGUACAGUUUUGGAAAAGGCCAUUCCACCCUGUCGCUCAAUUUGCGAGAGGGCAAAGCACGGCUGCGAGGCGCUAAUGAAUAAAUUCGGGUUCCAGUGGCCAGAACGCCUCCGGUGCGAGAAUUUCCCCGUGCUUGGAGACGGGCACAUUUGCGUGGGUCAGAAUGAAUCUACUGCCACUGCCCCGCCCGUACACAUGCCAGUCCCUGGAACCCCUGGCGUCCAUGUCUACUCCACAUCAGACAGGCCUUUCCGCUGUCCAUCUGUGCUCAAAGUCCCCACUUAUCUGAAUUAUUCGUUUCUGGGGGAGCUGGAUUGUGGAGCACCAUGUGAACACUCCAGGAGCAGUGGAGGCUACAUGUUUUUCAAUGACAAAGAGAUUUAUUUUGCACGCAUAUGGAUCCUCAUCUGGUCGUCUCUGUGCUGUGCCUCCACCCUAUUCACCGUCACCACCUACCUAGUGGACAUGCAGCGCUUCAAGUACCCGGAGAGGCCCAUCAUCUUCCUCUCUGGGUGCUACACCAUGGUCUCCAUAGCCUAUAUCGCUGGCUACUUCCUGGGGGACAAGGUGGUGUGCAAUGACAGCUUCACCCCAGACGGAUAUAAGACCAUAGUCCAGGGGACCAAGAAGGAGGGCUGCACCAUCCUCUUCAUGAUGCUGUAUUUCUUCAGCAUGGCCAGCUCCAUCUGGUGGGUCAUCCUCUCCCUCACCUGGUUCCUGGCAGCUGGGAUGAAGUGGGGGCACGAGGCUAUUGAGGCCAACUCCCAGUACUUCCACCUGGCAGCCUGGGCUGUGCCCGCCGUGAAGACCAUUAGCAUCCUGGCCAUGGGGCAGAUCGAGGGGGACGUGCUCAGUGGGGUGUGCUUUGUGGGCCUCAACAGCCUGAACCCCAUACGGGGCUUUGUCCUGGCCCCCCUCUUCAUCUACCUCUUCAUCGGUACCUCCUUCCUCCUGGCCGGCUUCGUGUCCCUGUUCCGCAUCCGCACUAUCAUGAAGCACGACGGCACCAAGACGGAGAAGCUGGAGCGCCUGAUGGUGCGCAUCGGGGUGUUCAGCGUGCUCUACACCGUCCCCGCCACCAUCGUCAUCGCCUGCUUCUUCUACGAGCAGGCCUUCCGCCACCACUGGGAGAGAAGCUGGGUCAGCCGUAACUGUAAAGGCUUAGCCAUCCCCUGCCCCAUGCAGUACACCCCCCGCAUGACACCCGACUUCACCGUCUACAUGAUCAAGUACCUGAUGACCCUCAUAGUGGGCAUCACCUCCGGGUUCUGGAUCUGGUCUGGCAAGACACUCCACUCCUGGCGCAAGUUCUAUACCAGACUUUCAAAUGGUAGGCAUGGAGAGACCACUGUCUAGGGAGGGAGGCCAAAACAUGGGACUUGUUUUUGGACAUUCAUUUGGAUGUUUUAUAGUGUGUUUUUCUCCCUCCUAUUUGUUUACUCACUGUCAGAGACUCAGUGGUACUUUUAUACAUUGAUCAUCAGAUACUGUCAGUAUUUUCAUGGAACGUUGACACAAUUUGUAAGAAGUCAAAUAUUGCAUGCCAAAAUCAAGCUUUAGGGGGGGGGGGGGGGGGGGGGGUCUUGACCAAAGAACAAACUGUUGCUCACCUGAAGAAUGGCCAAAACCUCAGAAUGAACAAACAACAAAGGUGUUCAGUGGAUGCCAUGUGCUGAAGUGCUCUCUCUCCUCCCCCACUCUGUUCCUACUCCUUUUUUUAAGUUACCAGCCAUAAAAACUCUCCAGUGUGAGUGAGAAUCCAGCUGGGAAUACAGUGAGCGGGGGAAGGAAGGAGGCCUGAAAGGACAGGCGGCCAUUUUAAGAAUGUGUGAGAUGUAAUUAAAUGCAACUGUAAAUAGGAAUUGUAAAAUAUAAAAUUAUAUAUUUGUAUUUAAAGAAAGGACAUGUUUUGUUUUGUCUUCCGACAGCCGUAGUGCCUGGUUAACUCUAGCACCCCUUCUGAAAGGAGCCAUAGACACACUGUCUCUUAGUGCUGUUUUCACUGGCAGUAUGACACAUACACAUUUGAAGUUUCUCCUGUCAAACCCAGAUCUGUAAUCAUUUUCCUUCUGAUCUAUCAGAUCAGGGAAGCUGGGUUGUAGUAAAGGCAGUCUUUGGCUGUGCACAUUUUCCCUAGCUUAGCCCUUCUCCUUCCUCUCGUCUCCCCCCACCAAUUAAAUCCCUUGGAGCUGAGCUGAGCAGCAAGAGAAGCUGGGUGGUAGGGGUGAAGACAAGGCUGCAAGGACACUGGUCAUGUCUCCAGGGGGGGGGAAAGCUAGCCCUAAUUGUCAGUACUAUACUCCAUUACCAAAAAAGUCACACCAAAAAGAUCCACUUCUGGAGACUGUGUUGCUCAAACUGUUCAAAUAAUUAUCUAGGAAAACAAAAAAGUAUUUUGACAAAACAGAAUCAAAGAAGAAUGUGGUAUUUUAAUGUUGUGAUGUGAAAAGUGGUGUGAAUCUGUCAACCACAAAUGUAUCUCACAUGAAUUGCUGGGAGGGAAGGGGAUGGGAAGGUGACGACAAAAUAAAAGACACAUGAUUAGAUUUUUU